AAAAAAGACCCAUGUUUUCUUGCUCUUUUCUCACUCUAAAUUUCUCUGGUUUUAUUAAAUGAUAAUUUAGACAACAAUGGCGCAUCAUGGUUAACGUCACACUGUAUUUAAGAAAUUUAAGGCCUCUCUUCCCUCGCAACUUGCAGAGGUCUCUCUCUCAAGUCCUCAGCAUGAUCUCUCAUUUUUAUCCGUUUUGGCUUUCUCUUUUCAACCCUUUCUUCCCAUCCUCUUUGUCCUCUCUCUCUGCAACCUUACCUCUCCUCCCAUUUCCCUCACCAUGCCAGGCAACCAAGAAGUUAUGUGGCCCAGAUUAGUGGCUAACAAGAUCCUCAGAAAGAGAUUAGGAAGCAACAAUUUCGUCGCUGAUUUCCCAUGCAACAAAGAAAUUCCAAGCUUAGAUCGUCCAUCUUUGAGUCCCAACAGUAUAUUCAGUCACCACAAGGAUACCCAUAACUACAGGAUUUUCGUUAGUACAUGGAAUGUUGGAGGGGUUGCACCACCUGAAGAUUUGGAUAUAGAGGAUUUGCUAGAUACUGGCAACACCUCCUGCGAAAUCUACGUUCUUGGUUUUCAAGAAAUUGUACCCCUUAGCGCCUCCAACGUGUUAGGAUCUGAAAAUAGCAAGGUUUCCAUGAAAUGGAAUUCCCUAAUUAGACGAGCCUUGAACAACAAGAAGAAACCACACUGCCUAGACAAAAUCCAACAUUCCAAUGAAGAGCGAAACAAGAACAUCCCAGGGCAAGACUUUCGGUGUAUUAUAAGUAAGCAAAUGGUCGGGAUUCUAAUCACAGUUUGGGUUCGAAGCUAUCUUUGUCCUUAUAUCCGGUAUCCUAGUGUCUCGUGUAUAGGUUGUGGAAUCAUGGGCUGCCUAGGAAAUAAGGGUUCGGUAUCAGUUAGAUUUCGACUACAUGAAACAAGCUUCUGCUUUGUGUGCAGUCAUCUAGCUUCUGGGGGUAGACAAGGAGAUGAGAAGCUUAGGAACGCCAAUGUUUCUGAAAUAUUUUCCAGAACAAGUUUCCCUAGAGGCCCUUCACUUGAUUUACCAAGAAAGAUCCUAGACCAUGAUCGGGUAAUUUUCCUUGGAGAUUUGAAUUAUAGAAUUUCCCUACCAGAAUCAAAUGUUCGACUCUUAGUGGAUGAAAGAGAUUGGAAAUCCCUGCUGGAAAAUGAUCAGCUGCGGAUGGAGCUGAUGAAUGGUCAAUUCGAAGGCUGGAAUGAAGGAUCAAUUCAAUUCGCUCCUACAUAUAAAUACCGCCCCAAUUCUGAUGUAUAUUACGGAUGCUUUCAUCAAAGCAAAAAAGGCGAAAAGAAACGUGCCCCUGCAUGGUGUGAUAGAAUAAUAUGGUAUGGGAAAGGAUUAAAGCAACAUGAAUAUGACAGAGGGGAAGAAAAUUUCUCGGAUCAUAGGCCAGUGAAAGCAAUAUUUACAGCUGAAGUUGGGGUUUUACAUUCACUCAAACAAUUUCAAAGCGUUUUUUUAUCAGAAAGGUUUGAUAGAAUUACAAGCCAGACUGAUGAUUUUGUAUGUAAAGGAAGAUCAAGCUUCCAAAUUUAAUAUAUUAAACUACUUUAUCCUUUUUUCU